AUGUGGUGGUGGAAGUCUGAGUAUCAGUGGUGAUGUCAUGGCCACAUGCACGCGACGUAGAGUCGAUCUACCGGCAGAACACCACGUGACUGCGUGGACAGCGGAUGCGCACGGACCUCAGCCCACAAAGAUGCUGCAUCUCUCAUCAGCCAUGCCUGCCUGCACUCAUGACUCACAACCGACUGCCACGGAAACUCACGACUCCCUUUGCCGAAGAAGGACUCGUGACUUGAGUUCACCCAGUCGCAAAGCCUUCUCAUUAGUUUCCUCCCACCCACGAUCUACGAUUCACGCUUCGACUUUUCCACACACUGCAACUUCCAACGCCAAACCAGCUCCGAAGCAUCAAGGCUUGUUCGAAAUCCCACGUCGAAGUGUCCGUCUCGUAAGUGUUUCAUCAAAGCCAGACUAGACUUGACGCCCGUCUGACACAAGCUCCGGGCUUCACACACACCCCUCUGUAGAUCUGCCUUUUCAUCAUAUUUGCACGACCAAGAUGGCAACCUCGGCACCACCUGCGCGCCGACGUCUGGUCGGCGUCUCUUACAAGAUGUACUUUGAUCUAGCCAAGACAAACGAUUAUCUGGAAGCCGUUCUCCCACCCCUUGCCCACCUGAUCACCUCGCUCAAUCAGCCAACCGACGUCUUUGUCAUUCCCGAUUUCCUAACCAUCCUUCCCUAUGCACAGAUCAUCAAGUCCAACCAUUCGCCUCUCUUGCUGGGUGCUCAAGACAGUCAUCAUUCGGACGCUGGCGCAUUCACUGGAGAAGUUUCGCCAAAAAAUUUGGCGCAGGCAGGAGUCAAAUUUGUGGAGAUGGGUCAUGCGGAACGUCGAAAAUUGUUUGGAGAGACGGACGAGAGCGUAGCUCUGAAAGCGGAGGGGGCUGUGAGGAACAACAUGAUCCCUCUGAUCUGCAUUGGCGAAGUGACGAAGGGAGGAGGCGUACAAAAAGCGGUGGAUGAAUGCUGGGUUCAAGUGGAACAGGUGUUUGCCAAGAUCAGAGAAGAUGCAGAAGUGGUGUUGGCGUACGAACCGGUUUGGGCCAUCGGAGCUUCCGAACCUGCAAGCGCGGAACACGUCGUUGCUGUCACGCAAGCGCUCAGACAGAAAGCGCACAGCCUAGGAAGAUCGGGAGUGGUCAGAAUCCUGUACGGCGGAUCGGCUGGACCGGGUCUGUUCACCAAGUUGGAAGAGGGCGUAGAUGGUCUGUUCCUUGGCAGAUUUGCCCACGAUCCUAAAGCUUUCCUCGAAACCAUCAAGGAGGUCGGCGGCGGUGUCAAAUAA